AUGGAAGGCAACACAGCAGGAAGUGAUACCAUAGUGGGUAGCACAGGGGAGAGUACCACAGAACCUGACAUCUCAGAGAGUAGCAUUAUGGGGGGCGACACAAUGGGGGACGACAUGAUGGGAGGCGAUACAAUGGGGGAUGACACAAUGGGGGGCAACACAAUGGGGGGCAACACAAUGGGGGACAACAUGAUGGGGGGCAACAUGAUGGGGGGCAACAUGAUGGGGGGCAACACAAUGGGGGGUGACACAAUGGGGGACAACAUGAUGGGGGGCAACAUGAUGGGAGACAAUAUGAUGGGGGGCAACACAAUGGAGGGCAACAUGGCGGGUAGCGACACCAUGGGAAAUGAAAAACCGGGAGAGCUGGGAGCUGGUGUUGGAGGGGUGGGCGGCACAAUGGGUGCAUGUAUGAGAGGACAUCCAAUCCAGCUCCGCAUGCUCAGUGACAUCAAAGUGAAACUGAGUAUCAUUGAGAGACGAAGAAAAUUCGGCUAA